UUGUAGAUUUAGAAAAUUCAUUGAUUUUCAUCUCCUUCAAAAUUAACCUAAACCCAAAAGCAACAAUGCAGAAAACCCCAAAAAGGAAGCAAAUUUCGUCCAAAGACAAUACGAGAUCACCCUCAAAAAAGUCAAAUACAUCUAAUAAAUCAAUCAAAACCAAGAACCCUAAAUUACUUUCCACAGAACCAUACCCAUUACAUCCAAGACCAACUCCAGAAGAAUGUUUGAUCGUAAGAGAUGAACUCUUAGAAUUGGAUGGCUUCCCUGAAGAAUUUAUUAAGUAUCGUAUUGAGAGACAAAAUUCCAAGCUUAAUUCUUCAAAUUCACUUAAUGGGUCUGUAAAUUCAGAGGGUUUAGUUGAUAAAUUGAGUGUUUUGGAUGGUUUAGUGAGCACUAUUCUCUCACAGAAUACUACUGAUAUCAACUCCCAAAGGGCUUUUGCUUCUCUUAAAGCUGUAUUUCCCACUUGGGAACUUGUCCUUGCUGCUGAACAAAAGUUAUUAGAGAAUGCCAUCAAAUGCGGAGGUUUAGCUCCAACUAAAGCCGCUUGUAUUAGAAACAUCUUGGGUUGCCUCAAGGAGAGGAGUGGAAAGUUGUGCUUGGAGUAUUUGCGCGACUUAUCCAUUGAAGAAAUCAAGUCCGAGCUCUCUUCUUUCAAAGGAAUCGGACCUAAAACUGUCGCUUGUGUUCUUAUGUUUCAUCUGCAACAAGAUGACUUUCCGGUAGACACACAUGUUCUGCAGAUAGCAACUACUCUGGGUUGGGUACCCGAAGGAGCUGAUGCAAAGAAGACUUAUCUUCACCUAAACCAAAGAAUCCCAAAUGAGUUGAAAUUUGACCUCAACUGCCUGCUAUUUACACAUGGUAAGAUUUGCAACAGAUGUUCUACAAAAGUGGGAAAGCAAGAGAAGAAAGAAUCAGUCAAUAAGCCCUGCCCUUUACUAAAUCACUGUAAGAAGUCUGAUUGAUUCAAAGGGCAUGUGAAUUGGUAACAUCCUUAGUUAUAGCUGUAUAUUCUAUUCACUUUAUGAUAAGCGAAGAUAACGGAAAUUCGGGUUAAAAUUCGGGUUAGUAUAGGUAUAUGCGUCCUUACCACUUGGUCGCCUGAUUGGCAGUGGCGAAUUUAGAACAAAAUCAUAUGACGUCGAUAAUAUUUUUAAAAUGUGUUUAAGGAGGUUUGAACCUAGCUUAAUGCAUUUACAUAGCAAAAUUUCGACCAACUUAAUAAGAUUAUAUAUUAG